AAAUAUAUACUUAGGAUCAUGUUACGCAUUUGGUUUAUUUUUACAAUUUGAUAACAUUUUUUAUUCGUUCUACUUAUUUUCUUAGAUUUAUAAUUUUUAUUCUUAAUUCAUUUUAAAUUUGAUUUGAAUUUUGAGUUAAAAUUAAUAAAUCAUUUUUUGUCAUAUUUUAUUAUUUGUUUUGGGUUUCUUUUAUUUUAAUUAGUUGGUGCAAUAGAGAAAGUCCUUGGUCCAUUUUGUGGAAGGCCCUUUGGUGUGGAAAACCCUAUUUUGAGUACUAUAAAAGGAGGAUUUUGUCAUUGAGUAGGGGAUCGGAACCUAUUCUCUCCCACUAACCCUAUUUUCACUAACUCUCCCAUCCACAUACAAAUUCCCAUACAAAUCAUUAUUUUUAGAAAAGAGGCUCUCACGUACAAACCCACCCCUAUUCUUUAUCACCUCCUAAGGAUAUAAUGCAUACUCUCAUGGAGAAAAUUCAUAUAACCCUCCCUUCAAUCUAAUUUCCUCCAAUAGACCACUACUGUACAUCAACAAUAACAACACAAUAACGAAGCCGCUCUUUCAAUGCUACAAACACGCGCUACCGGCAAUUUGAGGAAUAACAAUCACGUAACAACCGCGAUGAAAAAGUGAAUUAAUCGCAGGCAAUUUCCAAAUUCACAAAGAGAAAGAUAAAGCAGAGAGAUGCGGGAUUCUGUAGAGCAUCGUCGCCAAGUCGGUAACAUCGUAACUGUGUGAUCUUAGCUUUUUCUCCUAUAUACAAUCCUGUUACCAUAUUUGUGUUAUCACUUGUGCCUUUACUAUAUUUCUAUCUGUGAUUUGUUAUCUGUGAUUUGUUCAAUUGUUCUCUUGAUGCAUGAUUGUUUCCAAUUUGAGUUUGGAGAAGUAGGAGAUUUGGGACGGAAUCGUUCAUAGCCUCAAACCUCCGUCCAUACGAACUCCACCUUCCGCAGUGAAAAAGCCAUAGCAGAUUCACAACAGCACCUGCGAGAAGAAGAUGAACAGAGGUGAAGCCGCACCACUACACCACCGCCCCUGUGCACUGUUCGAAGAUCCAAAAGGACCGAACCGAAAUCGCAGAUCCACCGUUCGACUACUGAACGACCUCCGACGCGCAACCGAACGGCCUUCCCUUUCAUCGAACUCUUCUCCGAUCCAACCUCCCAACAACCAACCAUCACAACUCCGACAUCAACCAAAUCGGUAAACUCGUUGGCAAACUUAUCUUUGUAUGGUGUGGGUCGAUAUGCCUUUCAUGAUAUACGCUUUUGUUCACAAAAAUUGCGUUGUUGAUGUUGUCUUUCUCAAUUGAUAUGCGAUGAUGUCUUUGUUUGUGUUUACAUGGUGCGUAAUUUGGGUUGUGAGGAGGAUUAGAUUUGUUUUUGUUUUCUGUAAGCCAAGAAAGGAGUUGGGUUUCUUGCGUUUUAUUUUUGCUUUUCCUAAUACUGCUAUGUUGUUGUUUCAUUUGUUUCAAGUGCAAUUGGAUAUACCAUGUGUCAUGUAGCCAUUGGAUGAACCCUAAGGUUGAAAAGUCAAAACUCUUAAACUGAAACACACGUUUUUGGCUUGCUUCACAUUCUGUUUUUUUUACUGACCAUUGCAUCUUGGUUGAAAAUUAUAGUAUAAAAGUUUUUUUUACUAUUUUUCAUAAUUUAAAGUAGUUAGUAUAGUCUAAAUUUUAGAUAUUGAGUUAGAUAAUCUUGGUUACUUUACUUAAUUAGCUUUAUUAUUUAUUUAAUUUGAGUUUUAUUUUCUAUAUAAAAAAAAUAUAUAAAAAAUGUUAGUUUAGUUUCUAUUAUUAAAAAUACAAAAUAUGUCAUUCAUUUUUAAUUUUCUUUUUAGAUUUAAAGUGUUUAGUGUUAUAUUUUUAGUUAAUCUUCAUUGUUAAUUGUUAGUAUUUCUUUCACGCAUCAUUUUACAUAUAUUACUCACAUUUUCUUGUAUUGUGAGGUACAUUCGAGCUGUUCAUCUAUUCUUGUGGAUAUUCACAAAUUCAUCUUCAAUCUCCUCCAUUGAGUCUCGCUAAUUCCAGAUCUAAAGGACCAGAACGCACUGCUCUUCAAAUACGCUCCGAAUACGCGCCUGAUUCAAAAACCAAAGUUUAUCAAUUGCCAAAGCUACGUCAUUGGUAACCCUAAACCUCAUUUUAUUUUAUGCCUUUUAUUAUUAUUACUUGUGUCAAACCCUGAUAAGGGAUCCGCUGGUUACAAUUUCCCGCCCCCUUUAUUGCUUUAUAUUAUUGUGUGGUUAGUAAUCUUAGGGAGUGCAAGCCUUAAAUCAAUGUAGAUAAUUAAUUAUAAGAUAAUUUUCUGAAUAUAAUCACGUGAUUGCUGCACACACGCACGCUUUUGGGGUAACCUCUCUGUUGCCUUGUUGCCUUGUUGCCUGUUGCCUGUUGCCUUUGUGUUUUUUGCAGAAUAAGCCAUGUCCCUCGAAUAUGAGGAUACCUCAGCCAUGCUGCCUCGAUAACUAAAGGUCAUGCGACCCUAAAUGAUGCUGCCUUCGAUACACAAAUAUGACCUUGACCCUCGGAAGUUGCCCACGGAAAAAGGCUGAGGUAUCUUCUGGCUGCCUACGAAUAAGGCUUAUUCUGAUCCUUGCCUUAGACUACCUGCCCUUCUAUGGCAUGGGACAGUCUUAUGGCAAAGGAUGCUUCGAUGACCCUUCAACCUCCAAACGAAAGGCUUCCUGCCCUCUUAUGGCAAGGAUUGACCCUUUCAUUCUGAAAGGCUAAAAAGAGACCUAUCAUCUGAGUUUAAGGUAAUUGCCCCUAAUUGCCUUGCAAUGCUCAUCUUUAAUAUUCUUUCUCACAAUUCUUCGAAAACUGGCUACGCUCAUUUACGAGCUAAAGUCCGCUUUUUUCUUUCAUCUAUUUUUUUUCUAAAAAACAAACGAGCAAGCAAAGCAAUUAAGAGCCCAUGGAAAACCAUGGAUGCAAAGGGUGCCUUACACCUUCCCUUUGCAUAAAUUACCCCCCGAACUCAGAUUUCUUUAAAAGGUUUUUUUCUGUUUCUUUUAGCCUUUCCGAACCUGUUUGGAUAAAAUAAAAGUCGGUGGCGACUCUUGCUUACCGCGACAUUUCGAUCGAUAAAAAGUCAGUUCACCGUAUUACAGAACUGGCGACUCUGCUGGGGAUUUUUCGAUAAAAGAGGGGUUACCUUAAAAGUCUAGGAUUCACUUAAUUGUUUUCUAUUGUUUGCUUUGUUUGUUUUAUUUUUCAGGGGCAUUUUGGGAAUUAAAUGAAGGACGAAUCCUAUUCCCGGAUUCAAGAACACUUAAGAUUAGGAGUGGCAUAGUCAUGGCGACCUCUUUCACAUAUGUGGGAGAUGAGUCAAUAUGAAGUUCACACUUGAGUUAGGACUCUAUAGCAUAUGCACAGCUUUCUCAAAUGAGGGAGGUCUAUGUAUGUGUCUGUGGGUGCGCCGGAGCUCAAGGACCUUUAGUUACCCUUAACCCAUCCUGGCCUUUAGGAACGUAGUGGGGGGACUACUCUUGACAAAUGUUAAGAACUAGUCGCUACCCGAUGCUACAAUUCAGAUAGGUUCUUUCUCAAAGUAUCAUUGCAUGGUGCGAAUGCAUCAUGUCCGAGGGUGCUUUAGAAGGGCUGACAAUUCUGGAUAACUUGUAGAACCCGUUGCUGAAAUCUCCUUAUCCAUAGAAACACCCUUGGGAAGGACACCUGAUCAGACUCCAUGCAAGCCUUAAGCCAAAAAUUGUGUGACUUGUGUGACUUGCAUGACUUGUGUGACUUAUUGUGUUUACUACUAACCUUCAUUUCCUUGUAGGAUUUGCUUGUAGGACAUUUCGUCCUUAUUACCUCAUGCUUUACCUUUCUAUUUCCUUGCAGGAUUUGCUUGUAGGACAUUUCGUCCUUAUUACCCUAUGCUUUACUUAAGGCAUUGCAUCUGCAUGACAUCAUAACAUUGCACAUUAACUAACCCUUUCAAGGAUCUUAGGGAUUUAGGGCGCACAAUUUCAGGUGCUCUUAUCAAGGAUAGAAUUCUUAUCUAGGGGCAAGAGGAUUUAUUUUCCUCUGGCCAUUUGUCUUGCAAAUCAAAGACUGAGUACCUAAUCAGGAGGCAAGAGGAUUUAUUUUACUCUUGUCGUAUGCCUUCCAGUUCAGAGACACCGUACCUAUCAAGGGGCAAGAGGAUUUAUCUUCCUCUGGCCACAUACCUUCCGAUUCAGAGACUUAGUACCUAUCAAGGGGCAAGAGGAUUUAUUCAGAAGUAUCCCUAAUCAGAGGCGAUGACCCACUCGAUAUGGUGAGCUUGAUUCUCAAAGAAGGACAUUCAAAGACAAAGACCAAGAUUCUUCAGACGAAGAGGCAACUAGUCAUUUCCUAAUGUCGCAAACUAAAUUUCCUAACGAUCCUUGAAAACAUUACAUAUACAUUCAUAAACAUUGCAUAACAGGUUUCCGCAAUAGGUUCCUUUUCUCUCUCGCUGUUUAUUUCAGCACAAAUGGAUCUCGAGCAAUCAGCCUAAAAUCUUCAGGCUCAGAACAUCCGAUCCCAAGCUUUGAUUCUGAACUCAGUCAAGGGGCAAUAAAAACUGAAGGCACUCCUACUCCUGGGUACAAUUACAAUGCGAGAAGUGCUUAUUAUUCGAAUAACCCUGAUCAUGAUGUAAAGAAUUGUAGACCGUCGAAGCAUAUGAUUCAAAAUUUGAUUUACAACAAGAUCAUUGAUUUUAACUCACCCGAGGAGCCUCAUAUGGCUGAUACUACAAAGACCGUGAUGAAAGUAAACAAUCUGAUGGGGCAUCUCUGAAUCUCUACACCAAUUCCACAACAACGACGCAAGCCAGAUGCACCUAAGCGUCAAUUCACCAAAGUCAAUAUGUCAUUGGCUCAAGCAUUAUAAACAUAUGUUGAAGAUCAGAUUGAUUACUCUGAGGGAUGCUCCUAAGAACUCUAAAACCUCUGGCUAUAAACUCAAUGCGAGGUGCGCGUACCAUUCCAACAUUCCUGGACAUUACAAAAAAAAAACAACUGCUGGACACUGAGGAAUAAGAUUCAAGAUCUAAUCGAUAACGGGGAAAUCAAAUUCAACCCUCCUGAAAACUCCUGGGAUGAUCAUUGCUCCUAUGCCUAGUCAUGACAAGACUGACUGACGUCUAGACGGACAAACUUUUGGAUCAUUAGAUCUACUUUCAUUUGCAAGUUUCUUUUCUGUUUGUUAAACAUUUGAAUCAUGGUAGACAUUAUCUGUUUUAAUAAUCAUCAUCAGUGCAUUGCAUAUAUUUGUCUUGAAUAAAUUAUUUCGUUAUCACUCAUUUUAAAUUAUGUUUUUACUUUGCAUAUGCUUUGUGAUACUCGACUCCUGCUAAAGCUGUAUGCCUUUUGAGGGAGGAUGACGAAAACGAUACCACAAAAUCAUACAGUAUGCUUUUGAGCGGACUAUGCUGACGAUGUACAGGCAUUGUUUCAAUUCCUAAAUAGUGGAGAUAUAAGGAUGUUAAUCCCUUGUCAACCCCUUUGAGCCUAAGAAGUAGAAGUUUCUUUCUUGUGCUAAUUAAAACCCUUGAUCAUAACCUGGGGCAGGGUAGUUCUCAGUUAAUUUGGUUGUGCAUUCUAUUUUAAGAGAAUCAUUCAGUACACCUUUCAACAAAGGUUUCAAUCACAAGCGUUCAUCCGCACACACCAAAGAAGUGUUGGGGACGUCAAUCAAAAGACAAUGACGGUUCAUCAAUCAUCCAAACGAGGCAGUCAAUAUCUUUCAAAAAAAAAAGAGAAAAAAUGAAAAAACAUACAUACAAAGAAAAGCCUGUUAAGUCAAAAAUCAAAAAGAAGACUUAGGCAGAAGUCAAGGCAUCCCGCUGACUGUAAGCUCAAAAUAGACAGUUCAGGCAAAAGUUAGGGAUAUCAAAAAGAUGAAAAGAGAAGUCAAUAAAUUCCUGAACAACACAAUGUUGUGACUACCAAAAGGAAGAAGUGACUGCCACCUCAAAAGUGCUCUUUGCUUGUGAACCAUCGUCAUUAUCAAAGGUGCAAAUCCAGAAGGCUCUUGGAACCUGAAUGCAUAGGUUGAAUUAACUGAAUUUAUGACUGAAGAUAAUCAUGAAGAGGGGUGGGUACAAUCAAAUUUUGAGCCAUUAUCCUUUGUUUCUUAAACCGUGAACCAAGCCACGUUACAACCCUUGAAAGUCCUAACUGAAGCAUGGUUAGUUCGAAAGCAUACUGUCACCAAAAGGUAUCCUGACUCCUUAAGGUUUACCAAAAAUGCUGAGUCGAUAUCCCAUUUUUUACAAACAUCAUGUUUUUACAAAUAUCAUGCUUUUACAUCUCCUGUUUUAAUGUUUUCCAAAAAACUCAAGACAAACGUAUGCAUUGCAUCUCAUGAUUUCAUUAUUAAACAUGUUCUGCUACAUAAUUUCAAAUGUUAGCAUCGGAAAGAACUUGCACAGGGUCGACUAAUGACUAAAAGUUAUCCCGACAAACAAGAUUACUCCGAGAAGCAAUGUCUCUACGAAUACAUGGGGCAUGACACAUUAUUCCCACGAUCAAUAUGGGGCAAUCAAGUCAAGAUUCCGAGAAUCUCUCAUGGAUGCUCGAACAAUCAGGGGCAUGCAUCCAAGUAUAUCUAAAAGCUACUCCCCAAUCAACGUGAGACAUUGUCACGAGCCUAUGAUUACUGGGGGCAUAUCGCCCAUAUUGAACAUCUCAUAAAGUCCUCGCGAGGCGAAUCUUUCCAAAGUUCCUGCUAACUGGGGCAAAUCUAUGCAAGUCUAGUUUGACAUCUUGAUCAAUACUCAGUGGUGUGUCCUAAUCAAUACAAAUCCAGGAAUGGUAGUUACUAUAAUACUGGGGGCAAUGUUCAAGGCAUCCAUGCCUUCCCACAACUCUGGCUUCACAAGAUCAUAUCCCCACAGAGUAAUCAUUAAGAAGAUAUCUUCAAACAUACUCGUCCCGACAAAGACAUGGCUCCCCAACAGAGCUUACAUAUUCAACACUACCGGUCAUCCAACAUGUUGCUCUUCUCCAACAUGGUUUAUCUCUAAAUCAGGGUACAUCAAACUACUGAUCAUCCCCAAGCAGAAACCAUAAAUCCCCAGCUGAGCAUCUUCAAGACGAAAUCAAACAUCAAAAACACAAAGACCUGGAGAUUUAUUUUCUCGACGAAGAUAACAUAAAUCACAUUCGCAUACCACAUGACACAAACAUACAUCACAUACAUCACUGCAUAACAAAUCCAUAACAUAUGAAGUUUCUCAUUUAUUUUGAGAUACUCAUUACAUAAACACAUGCAUCAUGACAUAAGAAAACUAACCUCUACUUUUCAGGAUACUACUACCUCUAUUUUCAAGUAUUAAGUCGACACCUUUGACGGUUCCUUAAUAUAUCAAGAGUUAAGUCGACACCUUUGACGGUUCCUUAACAACACACUUCAAAUAUGAGUCGAUACCUUUGACGGUGCCUCAACAAUAUGCUUCAGAUAUAAGUCGAUACCUUUGACGGUUCCUUAUACAAUCUAUCUACAUAUCUGAGUCGAUACCUUUGACGGUGCCUCAAUGAUAUGCUUCAGAGUUAAGUCGAUACCUUUGACGGUUCCUUAACAACCCACAUCAAGAGUUAAGUCGACACCUUUGACGGUUCCUUAACGACAUACUUCAGAUAUAAGUCGACACCUUUGACGGUUCCUUAUACAAUCUAUCCGCAUAUCUGAGUCGAUACCUUUGACGGUGCCUCGACAAUAUGCUUCGAAUUUAAGUCGAUACCUUUGACGAUUCCUUAAAUAACCCAACACAGAUUUGAGUCGAUACCUUUGACGGUUCCUCAACAUUCAAAAGAGGGAAGACAGCAAAAGCAGAAAUUGCGUAACAAUCUAUACUCUAACAACUAUCAGAUGGCAUCUACAAGCCCAUCUCCGACAAAAGUCCCUAUUUCAGCUAGGGCAAAUUUCUUGGUAUUCUAGCGUUCAAUCAUCUUCCACCUUCAGAUACCGACUGGCAUACAAACCACUCUACAUCUUCAGGUUUAAGAUAAUUGAACAGGGGCAGCUGUCAUACCCCAAAAUUUGCCCUCUAGAUUUUGUUUUUUUUUUUUUUAUUAUUAGCGUAAGCUUUGCAUAUCAUUUGCAUCUUGUCAUUAGGAUAUUACUUAAUUUUGCAUUUUUUGCAUUUAUUCAAAAAACCGAAAAAAUAUAUACUUAGGAUCAUGUUACGCAUUUGGUUUAUUUUUACAAUUUGAUAACAUUUUUUAUUCGUUCUACUUAUUUUCUUAGAUUUAUAAUUUUUAUUCUUAAUUCAUUUUAAAUUUGAUUUGAAUUUUGAGUUAAAAUUAAUAAAUCAUUUUUUGUCAUAUUUUAUUAUUUGUUUUGGGUUUCUUUUAUUUUAAUUAGUUGGUGCAAUAGAGAAAGUCCUUGGUCCAUUUUGUGGAAGGCCCUUUGGUGUGGAAAACCCUAUUUUGAGUACUAUAAAAGGAGGAUUUUGUCAUUGAGUAGGGGAUCGGAACCUAUUCUCUCCCACUAACCCUAUUUUCACUAACUCUCCCAUCCACAUACAAAUUCCCAUACAAAUCCUUAUUUUUAGAAAAGAGGCUCUCACGUACAAACCCACCCCUAUUCUUUAUCACCUCCUAAGGAUAUAAUGCAUACUCUCAUGGAGAAAAUUCAUAUAACCCUCCCUUCAAUCUAAUUUCCUCCAAUAGACCACUACUGUACAUCAACAAUAACAACACAAUAACGAAGCCGCUCUUUCAAUGCUACAAACACGCGCUACCGACAAUUUGAGGAAUAACAAUCACGUAACAACCGCGAUGAAAAAGUGAAUUAAUCGCAGGCAAUUUCCAAAUUCACAAAGAGAAAGAUGAAGCAGAGAGAUGCGGGAUUCUGUAGAGCAUCGUCGCCAAGUCGGUAACAUCGUAACUGUGUGAUCUUAGCUUUUUCUCCUAUAUACAAUCCUGUUACCAUAUUUGUGUUAUCACUUGUGCCUUUACUAUAUUUCUGUCUGUGAUUUGUUAUCUGUGAUUUGUUCAAUUGUUCUCUUGAUGCAUGAUUGUUUCCAAUUUGAGUUUGGAGAAGUAGGAGAUUUGGGACGGAAUCGUUCAUAGCCUCAAACCUCCGUCCAUACGAACUCCACCUUCCGCAGUGAAAAAGCCAUAGCAGAUUCACAACAGCACCUGCGAGAAGAAGAUGAACAGAGGUGAAGCCGCACCACUACACCACCGCCCCUGUGCACUGUUCGAAGAUCCAAAAGGACCGAACCGAAAUCGGAGAUCCACCGUUCGACUACUGAACGACCUCCGACGCGCAACCGAACGGCCUUCCCUUUCAUCAAACUCUUCUCCGAUCCAACCUCCCAACAACCAACCAUCACAACUCCGACAUCAACCAAAUCGGUAAACUCGUUGGCAAACUUAUCUUUGUAUGGUGUGGGUCGAUAUGCCUUUCAUGAUAUAUGCUUUUGUUCACAAAAAUUGCGUUGUUGAUGUUGUCUUUCUCAAUUGAUAUGCGAUGAUGUCUUUGUUUGUGUUUACAUGGUGCGUAAUUUGGGUUGUGAGGAGGAUUAGAUUUGUUUUUGUUUUCUGUAAGCCAAGAAAGGAGUUGGGUUUUUUGCGUUUUAUUUUUGCUUUUCCUAAUACUGCUAUGUUGUUGUUUCAUUUGUUUCAAGUGCAAUUGGAUAUACCAUGUGUCAUGUAGCCAUUGGAUGAGCCCUAAGGUUGAAAAGUCAAAACUCUUAAACUGAAACACACGUUUUUGGCUUGCUUCACAUUCUGUUUUUUUUACUGACCAUUGCAUCUUGGUUGAAAAUUAUAGUAUAAAAGUUUUUUUUACUAUUUUUCAUAAUUUAAAGUAGUUAGUAUAGUCUAAAUUUUAGAUAUUGAGUUAGAUAAUCUUGGUUACUUUACUUAAUUAGCUUUAUUAUUUAUUUAAUUUGAGUUUUAUUUUCUAUAUAAAAAAAAUAUAUAAAAAAUGUUAGUUUAGUUUCUAUUAUUAAAAAUACAAAAUAUGUCAUUCAUUUUUAAUUUUCUUUUUAGAUUUAAAGUGUUUAGUGUUAUAUUUUUAGUUAAUCUUCAUUGUUAAUUGUUAGUAUUUCUUUCACGCAUCAUUUUACAUAUAUUACUCACAUUUUCUUGUAUUGCGAGGUACAUUCGAGCUGUUCAUCUAUUCUUGCGGAUAUUCACAAAUUCAUCUUCAAUCUCCUCCAUUGAGUCUCGCUAAUUCCAGAUCUAAAGGACCAGAACGCACUGCUCUUCAAAUACGCUCCGAAUACGCGCCUGAUUCAAAAACCAAAGUUAAGUACUCAGUUUAAUUUAAUUUAAAUUAUAUUUGAUUUAUAUUUUAAAUUAGGGUUUGUUUCGCCUUCAUCCUUUCCUGCCUUGUUUCUUUUCAGGGUUAACCUUAAAGGCACCCUAUCAACCAUAUCAGAUCAAAUCAGAGCUAAGUACCUUCUCCCUAUUCUAUUUUUAAUUUAUUAUUCUAUUUUCUUUUGUAGUUAAUGAGGUUUGCCCUCGAAUUUGAUAAUGCACUCACUAUAUGUUUUCUGUCUUGUCUUUUUCCUUUUCAGGUUUAUCAAUUGCCAAAGCUACGUCAUUGGUAACCCUAAACCUCAUUUUAUUUUAUGCCUUUUAUUAUUAUUACUUGUGUCAAACCCUGAUAAGGGAUCCGCUGGUUACAAUUUCCCGCCCCCUUUAUUGCUUUAUAUUAUUGUGUGGUUAGUAAUCUUAGGGAGUGCAAGCCUUAAAUCAAUGUAGAUAAUUAAUUAUAAGAUAAUUUUCUGAAUAUAAUCACGUGAUUGCUGCACACACGCACGCUUUUGGGGUAACCUCUCUGUUGCCUUGUUGCCUUGUUGCCUGUUGCCUGUUGCCUUUGUGUUUUUUGCAGAAUAAGCCAUGUCCCUCGAAUAUGAGGAUACCUCAGCCAUGCUGCCUCGAUAACUAAAGGUCAUGCGACCCUAAAUGAUGUUGCCUUCGAUACACAAAUAUGACCUUGACCCUCGGAAGUUGCCCACGGAAAAAGGCUGAGGUAUCUUCUGGCUGCCUACGAAUAAGGCUUAUUCUGAUCCUUGCCUUAAACUACCUGCCCUUCUAUGGCAUGGGACAGUCUUAUGGCAAAGGAUGCUUCGAUGACCCUUCAACCUCCAAACGAAAGGCUUCCUGCCCUCUUAUGGCAAGUAUUGACCCUUUCAUUCUGAAAGGCUAAAAAGAGACCUAUCAUCUGAGUUUAAGGUAAUUGCCCCUAAUUGCCUUGCAAUGCUCAUCUUUAAUAUUCUUUCUCACAAUUCUUCGAAAACUGGCUACGCUCAUUUACGAGCUAAAGUCCGCUUUUUUCUUUCAUCUAUUUUUUUUUCUAAAAAACAAACGAGCAAGCAAAGCAAUUAAGAGCCCAUGGAAAACCAUGGAUGCAAAGGGUGCCUUACACCUUCCCUUUGCAUAAAUUACCCCCCGAACUCAGAUUUCUUUAAAAGGUUUUUUUCUGUUUCUUUUAGCCUUUCCGAACCUGUUUGGAUAAAAUAAAAGUCGGUGGCGACUCUUGCUUACCGCGACAUUUCGAUCGAUAAAAAGUCAGUUCACCGUAUUACAGGUGCAUAACCAUCAUUUGAUCAAGAAUUGAUCAUGAUUCCAUUAAUAGAAACUCAGAGAUGAACAAAUAUAAAAAGGUUCAAAUUAGGGUUUCUUAGGAGAAAGUCAACCCAACUAUGACUGGGCAUAACUUUCACAUGGAACAUCAAAAAUUCCCUACUCAAAGCCUAUUUUGAAGGAAAUUGGAUUCUCUACAACUUUGUGUCUCACAAGCCAGGGCUAGAAAUGUUUCAUUUAAGAGAUACAAAGCAAAAGAUUACAGGUCAUUUUCAGGCAUCCUUCAGAAACAGUUUUUUCCCAAAGAGAAUAUGGUCAAGAUAAAAGCUUCAAAUGAAAAAUAUGUUCCAAAAUGGCUUGUAGAGGACCUCUUGAGGUUUCUAAAAAGUAUUAGAUCUCCCUCAUAGCUUAAAAAUUGAAGGAGAUAUGCUUGAUCAAAGUCAGGUGAUUUUGAGGGACCAAAUGUGAAAAAAGGAGGGUUCAAAAUUGAGAUUCUUGCAAAUGGGCCUACAUUCUAUGACCCAAACUUGGUCCACAAGCUAUCCAAAACAUAUGCCAUAAAUUAUAUCAUUUUAUUUGAUUUUACAUAAUUUUAUUUCAUUUAAAAUUAAUUUUUAAUGAUUUAAUUAAAUGAAAAAUCAAAUAUUUGAUAGAAAGUAUAUUUUGGGUGAUUCUCAAUCAUAGUUUAUGACCAAAUAUAAUCAUAUUUUCGUGCAUAAAUUAAAUGGAAAGAAUUGAUACAAAACAAGCCAAGUUUAGUAACUUAAAAAUCAAGAAAUCAAAUCAAUUUCUCAAACAUGGAAAGAUUUGAUUCAAAGGCUUUUUGAUUCUUUUCUUGACCUAAUUCUAUUCUCCUAUAAAUAUACAACAUAAGCCAGUGGACUAGGGGUGGAAAAUCUGCAGAAGAGAGCACUUGCAAGAACACAAAAAUUCUCCAAGAAACUCAAGAUCGGUUUCCGGGAAUUAGGUCGUUUCAUUCCAAUUUGAAAGUUGCAACAGCUUCGUUGAGGGAUUAGGAACGUGUCUGGAUAGGUGCACUACAUCAACAACCCCAGAAUACCCUCCGAUUUGUCAAAGAAGGAUGAGUACGAAGGAGACAAUCGUGCACUUUACUGUUUCUACUCCAGACAUUAAGAAAUUGAAGAUCAUCAAAGAAAAAUUGCCAUCAGGUGCUUUGGAUAGGUUUGAGAUUCGCUAUGGUAAUAUCUUGGAUUUGCUAAGGGUAAAAGUGCAAGAAGAAGCUAUCACCGCCUUGGUACAAUUCUAUGAUCCGCCUUUGAGAUGUUUUACUUUCCAGGAUUUUCAGUUAGCACCUACCAUAGAAGAAAUGGAUGCUAUGUUGGGUUUUUCGAGGAUAAAAAAGGAAUUCUAUACUGGUGUGGGUAAAGAAGUUGACUUUUCAGAUCUAGAAAAGGCUUUGGGAAUGUCCGCUGCAGAACUAAAAGUUCAUUAUAAAACUGAGGGAGAAGUGCAUGGGUUCAAAAGAUCUUAUUUAGAAAAUCAAGCAUUAAUGUUUGCUCAAAAGAAACAAUGGGACAUUUGUGGACAUGUGUUAGCUCUCUUGGUUUUUGGUGUUGUUUUAUUGCCAAAGAAUAUUGACUAUGUUGAUCCUACCGCUAUUCAUGCUUUCACUUCUUUUAGGCUUUUUGACAAAGAUCCAACUCCGACUAUCCUCGCUAACAUUUACUAUGCUAUUCAUAUGAGGUAUGAAAGAAAGAGAGGAGUGCUAGUUUGUUGCGUUCAUUUGCUUUAUUCUUGGUUGACUUCCCAUCUCUACAAAGCUAGUUGCUUUAUCAAAGAAUUAACUAGGAACGAUUGGUCUCAAAAAUUAAGGGCUCUUAAAGCGGACUCUAUUCUAUGGUAUGCAAGAAAAUUAAAUUCAGAUAAGAUCAUUUACAAAUGUGGAGAAUUCAACAAUGUGCCAUUGAUAGGAACUCUUGGUUGUAUUAAUUAUAAUCCUGCUUUAGCACUACGUCAAUUGGGUCAUUCCAUGGAUAAAGAACCUUCCGAGCAACGUAUAAAAGAAUUAAUUUUGCAUGACAAUGGGAAAGGUGAACCAAGAACAUGGAAAAAGGUAAUUCAAGCUUGGAGCAAUGUUCAAAGGAGAGACUUUGGGCCAAAGAAUGUAAUUGCAAAAGCAGCUUAUACCGCAUGGGUUCAAGAAAGAGUUAAGAAAGUGUUGCUUCCUUUUGUUGUGGAUCCCGCCUACAAGCCUGAUUCUCCUGAUCCUGUUCCUUUAUCCAUCGAAGAGAUAGAAGGAGUCAGGGCUGCCCUAGAGGCGUCCCGAAAGGAGAAAGAGAAAUUAGAACUUGAUUUGCAUCAACUUACUAAUGAAAGGAGCCAACUACGCUUUGACCUUAAAGAGAAAAAUCAAGAACUCCAAGCGAUGAAAGAAGAAAAUGAUAGGCAAAGAAGUAAAAGAAAGCGUGCAACUGAAGGGUAUUUAAGUGCUAAUUUUAAUUUAGAGGCUCAUGAUGAGAGGUUGGAGCAAGCUAAUGCGGAAAUUGCAAGGUGGAGAAGGCGUUAUGAGAAGGCUUCCCAUGACAAAGCAGAAUCUGAGAAAAAUCUAGAAGUUGUAAUCUUUGAAUUAACUGAUAGGACUAAAGAUCAAGAGGAUGAAAUAAGGAACCUCAAAUAUGAUCUUCAAGAAGCCCUCAAUGCUGGACAACAAGAGCACGCAAGAAGAUUAACCACGGAAGAAGAACUUUUACAGCGCACUGGUGAGUACGAAAGAGCAUUUCAAGCUAUGGUAUCACUUCGGGAAGUGUUCAUGAGAGAAAAAGAGAUACACGAGGCAGCCUUGAACGAAAGAGACUAUUGGAAAAGACUCUACACAAUUGUUUCUACGGCAAGUGAGCACGUGAGCAUGGUUCCUAAGAUGCUUGAAGACUAUGAGAAAUGUCGCGAUGAUUAUGAUAAGCUAGUCUUCUUGUGUAAUGAUUUAAUUCAAGAUAUUCCAAAGAGUUUGGCAAAAGCAGAAUCAUCUCCUAUCAUCCUUCCCGAAGUAGUCAAAGAGUUCAUGAAGCUUUGUAGAGAUAUGGUGGACAAGUUCCAAGAAGACAUCCAAAGGCGUUCUUAGCUUUAUGUUAUUUCCUUGUUGCUUUUAUUUCAAGUACUUUUAAUUUAAUUUAUUUUGAGUAUUUUAAUUUCAGUUUCCUUUUCCUUUUUGUAAACCA